CUCACGCUCCCCGGCCUACUCUGUUGGGUCUCUAUACCGCUAGCGAGUUUUGCGCGGCUGGUCAGCCCACUUGCCAUGCGAAGCCCGGGCUCCGUCCGCAGGUCGGGCCGCAGUGCAGCGCUGGGUCUCCUGGGAAGUGUAGUUCGAGCCCGCCAUUUCCUUCAGGCAGCUGCCACGGGAAGCAAAGGCCCCAAGGCCGGGUGAGCGCGCGGGAGCGUCUGGAGAAGAGCAAGAGGGAGGGCGGCAGUGGUCACUCGCGAGGCGGACAGUCAGCUGUUCGCUUCCCUGUGUGCUGAGAGGGACCUGACUUCAAAGAGCCUGGGAAGUGGAGACUUGGAGCUGGACAUCUGCCCGCGAGUGGGAAGCAUCCGGGCCCGGGACAGCCACCGAGCUGAGGAGCGAGCCUGGGCGCGAGGGGUGGGGCAGGAACCAGGGAAGACUCCUGGUGAAAUGCAUUCCUCCCCUAAUUGGACUGGAGAAAUGAAAAGAGAAGCAUCUUGAUCUUCUAUUGUGCAGGCUUAUGUCACUUUCAGAUUCAUAAGAUGUCAGUCACUGACCUCUCCCCAACCUGGGCUUUGCCUGCACAGGACUCUGCUUUUUUCUGUAUGAGAAAUACAGAAAAGGAAAAGAUGGCUGAUAGAUUUCCAACAACCUGGUUACAAGAACCAGUAACCUUCAGAGAUGUGACUGUGGACUUCACCCAGGAAGAGUGGGUGAUGUUGGACUCUGCUCAGAGAAGUCUGUACCAAGAUGUGAUGUUGGAAAACUAUAGAAAUCUCACCUCAGUGGAAUAUCAAUUAUGCAAGCUUACUGUGAGGUCCUCAUUGGAUCAAGAAGACAUAACUAUGAAAAAGAAAGUUGCCCAAGGCAUCUUUCCAGACCAAAAGAUUCCACUUAAAACCAAAGAAUUAAUUCCUAUGCAGAAUAUUUUGAGCAGGAAACCAUCCAGUGCAUUGAAAAUGAUAAGAUUCACAAUGGAUAAUUUGUUUUCCACAUUAAGAGAAGACAAGCAAUGGAAUAAGAUCAGAACACAGCUCCAGAUUCCAGAGGGAGGUUUGAGGCAAGUGACAUAUACCCAGAAAAACAUAAUGUCUCAAGAAAGAUUGUAUGACUACCACAAACUAGAGGAAAACUCUAAAUUCAGGUCAAAACUUAUUUUUUCACAGAGAGUUUCCACCAGUAAACAUUGCCAAAAAUGUUACUUGGAGAUUGAAUGUUGGAAACAUAAUUUAAACAAUUUUGAGAAAAACUCUGUAAGUGAGAAGCUCUGUGAAAAUCAUGAAUAUGACCAAGCUCUCUGGCAUCUUGAGAGAACUCAGCAAGCACAAAAAAAAUACGUAUGCUCCAAAGAUGAUAUGCACUUCAAGCAAAAUAUGUUUCCUAUACACAACAGUUUUCAUAUGGCAGAGAAUUCCUUUGCAUGUAGUAAGAACAACAAAACAUUUUGUCACCAUUUAUCCCUUAAACAACAUGAGCCAGCUCAUACUGGAGAUAAACAUGAAUGUAACCAAUGUGGGAAAGCCUUCAAAAGGAUUUCUAAUCUUAUUGUACAUAGGAAAAGUCAUGUGGAUGAGAAACAGUAUGAAUGUAAAGAAUGUGGGAAAGUGUUCGGUGAUUCUUCAACCUUAAGGAGACAUGGAAGAACUCACACUGGAGAGAAACCCUAUGAAUGUAAUCAGUGUGGAAAAGCGUUCAAUCAGAAAACAUCCCUUAAGGCUCAUGUGAGAACUCAUACUGGAGAGAAACCUUAUGAAUGCAGUCAGUGUGGAAAAUCCUUUGGCACAAGCUCUUACCUUAUAGUGCACAAGAGAAUACACACUGGAGAAAGACUCUAUGAAUGUGACUGUGGAAAAGCCUUCAAUACCAGCUCUCACCUUAAGGUUCACAAAAAAAUACACACUGGAGAGAAUCUUUAUGAAUGCAGUGACUGUGGGAAAGUUUUUAGUGGCCUCUCAUCCCUUAGAAUGCAUGUCAGAACUCACACUGGAGAGAAACCCUAUGAAUGUGAAGAAUGUAGAAAAGCCUUCAGUGUUUCCUCUUCCCUAAGGAGACAUGUGAGAAUUCACACUGGAGAAAAACCCUAUAAAUGUAUUCAGUGUGGAAAAGCUUUCAGUCAGAGCUCUUCACUUACUAUACACAAGAGAAUUCAUACUGGGAAAGAAACCCUGUAAGGGUUAUCAAUGUGGAAUUGACUUUUCAUUGUCUUAAAGAGGACUCCAAGCUCACUAUUUCAGUCUUUGCUCUCUAAAAUAAGCAUUUAAGGCUAAAAAUGACCCUCAAAUUAGCUCUUUAGCUAUAUGACACACUUUGUCGUAUAUUUGCUUUAGUUCUAAAUAUUGUCUAAUUAUGACUUUUUUGAUCCAUGGGUACAUAGAAUUGGGUAUUUUUAAUAUGUGACAUAUGAAGAAUUUCAGUUACUUUUUUACUACUGAUUUGCAAGUUAAUUGCAUUGUAUUCAGAGCAUUUGGACCAUAUAUUACUACUUUGUUAUUAUUUUCUUGAGAGUUGCUUUCUGGCUCAGUGAGGCAGAUAUUGCAAGGAGCCAAGCAUACAUUGAGCUCACCCUUCCUUUCUAGUGAACCCUAUUUUAGCUCAGAAUGCCAAUGUGUCUAGUUAUACAACUCUUUUCAGCCUCCCUGUAGGCAAGGGUAGCCAUAUCCCUUAUUUCUUACUGAUCAAAAAUAAACUAAUACCACUGGGAACAGAACUCUGUUUUGUUCUUUUUUUACCUUUUACACCUUGCAUUUCUGCCUUCCUCGUUCUUCUUCCUUUGAAUUUACCAUUCUUGGAGCUUAAGAAGCCAUUUUU